CACCUCACCUCUCCUCUCACCCCUAUUGCAACCCUCACAAUCCACCCCUCCUCCAGGAGUGUAGGCGGGACACUGUGUCACGAGCUCAAUCCGUGAUUGAGCGAUAACGCUGCCCGUCCUGGUCUGCUCCCGCCUACAUCAGCUUCCCAUUGGUUGGGCUGACACGCGGCGGCCAAUGAUUCAGGGGGACGUAAGGAAGCGAAAGUCCAACUUCGGUGUCGGCGUCGGUGUCCCGUCGGGUCGAGCUAUGUCGGGUGACCCUCCCCCUCCAGAGGGCUUUGAUGACCUGGUGUCUGGCUUGGCAGCUGGUCUGUAUGCCGAGUUGAGACGCCUGGUGUCUCUCUAUGGGGAGUCCAGCGUCUCUUCCCUCGUGCCCCUGGCUAUCUCUACCCUGGAGAGCCUCCAGGAUGUCUGUGCCCAGGGAAAGGAGCAGCAGGCUGAGCUUGGGUCGGCCCAACAGGAGGCCCAACUAGCCCUCGCUCAACUGCAGAGCGAGCGGGAUCGGAGGAAGGAAGCUGAGCAGAGAUUCCUGGAACUCGAAGACUCAUUUGAUCAGGAUCGGAUGUCCUUGAAGCGGCAGAUGGAAUCAGCCCUCACACAGUACAGGCAGAUGGAAGUGAAAGCAAGGUCCUGUUCAGACACGAUCCUGCAGCUUGAAGAGGAGAAGAGGGCCAUCGAGAAGGAGUACCAGAGACUGCAGCAGAAACACAAAGCGGCCCUGCGGACAGUUGGUGAACUGCGGUACCAGAUCCAACUGGAGGCUUCGCGAUGCCCAAUGCCCACCAGUCCCAACGUCAAAAGGCGAGGGAAGAGCUCGCGGGAGGAAUCUGAACUCUCCGGACAGGAUCAAGGAUAUUCAGAGUCUGGUCCGUCCGAGGAGGAAGUAACUCCCUCAGCUGAGACCCCUGCAACUCCAGCAACUCCCUCUCUCCCCCAGGAGUCAAGCCAUCUCUCGCUGAGCCCCAGCGUCUGCCCCCACUCCCCAGCUCUCACAUCCUUUAACUCGACCUUUCAAGAAAGUGUCCGAGCUACAUCACAGGUGAUCGAAGAGAUUUUGAACUCCACUCCAGAGUUACACUCACAGUGUGAAGAGGAAGAGGAGCCUGUGACCAGCACUCCAGAUCAUGCCCAGGACCCGGAGGCUGAUAGGAACACCAGUUCCAUCCUCGAGGAAUUACAGACUCUGGGAUCUCAGUUCAUCGACGAGUUGGACAGUGGGGCCAACAUCUCAGCAGAUGCCCGGAUGGCCUCAGUCGUCUCGGAAAAUGAAGAGCUGCGGGAGAAACAGGUGGUUCUGGAGAGUGCACGCCGCUCGCUGCUGGCCCGGGUAGAGGAGUUGGUUCACACCCGCACUGAACUCCAGGAGGAGAUGCGGAGGCUGCAGGAGCACAGCAGUGCCCAAGAGCUGCGCGUCGGCCAGCUGGGGGCAGCACUGAGCAGGGCUGAGGCGAUGAACAAGAGCCAAGGGCAAGAGGACCACUCCCAAACUGGCUGCUUCACCCGGGCUGAGAUGUCGCGCGUCCUCACCGAGCGUAACCUGUACAAAGAGCGUCUGAUGGACCUUCAGGAGGCUCUUCACCGGAGUCAGCAAGUCAGGGUGAUGAGGGAGCAACAAGCACAGAGUCCGUCGGGAAGGUCCACACUCUGGGAUCGGUUUCACCGUCUGCUGGGACUGUCCCAGAAACGAGACGACCUCCCCUUGGAACCUGCAAGACCCGCACUCAUGCCGCCAAGCUUGGAACUGAUGCCCCGUCAAAGGAGGGGGAGGACAAUGGGUGUGGAGGUGAUCAACCCCCUCUCAGACCCCUACAGGGAACAACAGAGGGAGAGCUGGCGUCAGACCAGGUCCUACAUCUGGGAGCAUCACGGACGAGCUCAGAUCCAGGGGUGGAGUCUUCCCAUGCAGGACAUCAUAGAGGGUCACCAGGCUGCUGGUCUGCAGACACCGAUUGGCCCAUCCCCAUCUCUGAUCCAUGUCCGUCUGCUCGACCAGCGGAAUCCUGGCUUCAAGCUCUCCUGUGCCGCGCCUGUCCAUCUGUUUGGACCGCUGCUGGAGCAGAAUCAGCGAGCGUCAGCGGAGACACGGCCCAAGCUUGGACACCUCCCUCAUUGCUCGCUGUGGAUCUGCGCUGGGGGACCUGCAGGGGCCGAGGUGACUGUCGUCGACCCACUGCGGGCCAACCGGUCCCUGGCGGCCUUCUCCUUGCCCCACCACUGCCUCCUCUGCGUGGCCUGUGUCCCAGCACAUGCCUCCUUGGAUGACCGGCAAGAGGCCCCAGGUGGUGAUGGGUCCCAGAAUUCUCAAUUGCAGGAAUCCCCAGGAGGAGGGGACACAGGACAGUUGGCCACAGUCUGGCUGGGGACGCAAAGUGGAUGGGUGUUUGUCCACUCAGCGGAUCCCCCAGAUAGAUGUCUGUACUCCACACAACUGAAGGACGCUGUCCACAGCAUCAUCUACGUCCGUGGGUUUGUCAUCAUUACUCUGGCCAAUGGGACCAUAUCCAUCUUCAAGAGGAGCACAGAAGGACUCUGGGACACAACUGCAGCUCACACUCUGGACUUGGGGCCUCCUCGACACCCAGUGCUGUGUGCUGUUGCUGUUUUCGGACGGGUCUGGUGCGGCUACAGGAACCGAAUCUAUGUGAUCAACCCACGGGUCAGCAAGAUUGAGCGAUGGUUUGAGGUAACACCGGAGGAGGCUCAGGUCCAACAACUAUCCAGGUCAGGAGAAGGGGUGUGGGUCUCCAUGAGGAACGAUUCCCAUCUCCGGCUUCUCCACAGCCACUCCGGGGAAAUUCUGCAAGAGGUUGAGCUGGAACCUCUGAUCCGCCACAUGUUCGGUCCAGCACCACUGCGUCCCGACGACCACCUCAUCACCACCCUCCUCGGCCACCGAAACCGCCUCUGGAUUGGCACAGCAGGAGGGACCAUCCUGUCCCUUCCCCUCUCAGACGAGCGGGAGUCUGAACCAAUCACUCCUGUCUCCAAUGGAACUGCUUCUGGACCAGAGGUUCCCCUUAACGGCAAAGGAUCCCAUCAGCAGCCCACCUUCUGCCAGUCCUCCCAAGCACAGAUCUGCUUCCACGGACAUAAGGGUCCCGUUCAGUUCCUCGUCGCCAUCUCAGGCAGCCUGAAGCCCGUCGAUGGUCCCAGAGAUGUUCUCACCCAGACGCAGAGUGGGGAGGGGUCAACCUCACUGAUCCUCAGCGGAGGGGAGGGAUACAUCAACUUCCGAAUUGGAGACGAUACCAGUGCCUCAGAGACCGGCAGCAGGCUCCUGAAAUCAGACCGCAGUCACCUCAUCGUCUCAGGGAUCGGCACGUGAGGAAGGAGUCACCCUCUGAAACCUGUCCUUCUCCCCCCCCCCCCCCACACACCCCCACUAUGGAUGCGGCUAGAUUCUGGCCUCACGUUCUUCUCACUGAACUCACUACAGAAAGGGUUAAUGUGUGCCAGCCAUCUCUCUGGGAUUAAUAAUUAAUGUGUACGGAUACCACUCCCUCCAAGGAGGGAUUAAUUUUUUCCUUUUUUUCUCUUUGUCUCUCUCUCUGUCACCUUAGGUACACUAAGUAAGGGUUAACGUGUGAGGGUAUCAGUCCCUCUCUCUCGUGGUGGGAUCAACAUGUACAGGGCUGUGGCAGUUUUUAAAUCAAAUAUUAUUCUCUUCCCCCCCCACCCCCCAAGUUAGCGAAAUUACUGGAACUCAUGGGAGGAGCACACAUAAGAGGCAUUAUUACUUUCCGAGGUUAUUUUGAGACACUUCCUCAGAAUCUUCAUUCAGAGAUGGCCUCAAACCUCAUCUCCCUCCCAACUAACUGGCCCAAAAUCGCCUGUUCAGAGACAGUCCCUUAACUGGACAUCAUAAACAGAGAGGACAGGGAAGUAAAAUUUGGAAACAUUCCACAACUUUGACUAACAUUGUCACCAUUGCUUUUGAGUUAUUCUGUAAAUCUAUGGUAUUCACACUCCCUCUGGCACUUUACAGAUGGUCCUAGAGCACUGAGUAGGUAUUGAUUGCCUGGCACUCCGAUCUCCUCAGAGAUGUUUUCUUAACCCACAGCAUCUUUGCCAGUGAGACACUCCCUUACAUUGAGUCAGUAUGUACCCACGUCCCUUACCUUUGCAGAUGCCCCGUGAUGGGUAAAAUCUUGACUGGUCGCUUGAUUUGUCUUGAUAUGAUUUAGAGAUGCCGCCUAAUAAUUGUGCUUUAGAGAUUCUUGCCAAUAGCAGUAAAAAUAGGGAUAAUUGGGGAUUAAUUCUUAAAGAAGACUUAAUUGGGGACGUUCCCUACUCUAAACCUGCACAUUCUGCUGUCUUAAAGGGAUCUCCCCAUUGUGAAUGCCCUUCCCUUCACUCAAAUGGCAUUUAGAGACAGUUCCUACCCAGUAUUGAUUUAAUAUCACACUGUUGGGGGGGUGGUAGGAGAGGGUAUUCACCUCUCGCUCCCCUUCUCUAGUGAUCAUCCCAGGACAGAAUUCUCCCCCUCCCCCCAGUGAGAUGCAUUCCAAAGUGAAAUCGCCAUCUUCAUCCCAUUUGUUCAGGUGCAUGGCUGUUGAGACAAUUAUUUUUCUAAUCAAAAUAAAAGUGUUAAGUAUU